CUGUGGUAAAACUUCGUCAAUGGCAAUUACAAACAAACCCAUUAUUAAAAAUCCCUCAUUUCAGAACCAAACAAUCGAACCCUUCUUUCUCCCUCAGCCAAUCUCUAAUUUUUCACCAUUAUCAGACCCUUUUCUUCAAUUCUUCUGUAUAUAUGAACUUUCUUCCCCAAAUUUGAAGUAAUGGGAUGCGUCCUCGGGACGAGAUCCGGCAAAAAUGAUAGAAGAACUAGAAGAGAUCUCAAGCGAAGACCAGGACAACCCUCUGCUUUAACUAAGAAAUCCCGGCGACAAUCCGACGUUGGAAGAAACGUCGACAACGCUGCCGCCGCCGCCGCCGACACCACUUCCUCCGGCAUCAACAGUGCUAGAGAACGAAGAUACACCAGCGAUUUCUCGGGGCCGGAGUUUGGACUGAAACCCAUCCAAGGUUGGCCGUCCUGGUUGUGUGAUGUCGCCGGUGAUGCCAUUAAAGAUUGGCCCCCUCGACGUGCUAAUACGUUUGAGAAACUCGAUAAGAUUGGACAAGGAACUUACAGUAAUGUAUACAAAGCUAGGGAUCUAAUAACAGGGAAGAUUGUUGCUUUGAAAAAGGUUAGAUUUGAUAGUUCAGAACCAGAAACUGUGAAAUUCAUGGCUAGGGAGAUUCUUGUAUUAAGGAAACUCGAUCAUCCAAAUGUUAUUAAGCUUGAAGGAUUAGUAACUUCAAGAAUGUCUUCAAGUAUUUACCUUGUUUUUGAAUACAUGGAACAUGAUCUCACCGGCUUAACCUCUGUUCAGAAAGUUAAAUUUUCAGAAUCUCAGGUGAAAUGCUUCGUGAAGCAACUGCUUUCAGGACUUGAGCAUUGUCAUAACAACGGGGUUUUACAUCGCGAUAUUAAAGGAUCAAACUUGCUUAUUGACAACAAUGGAAUCCUUAAAAUAGCUGAUUUUGGAUUAGCUUCAUUCUAUGAUCCUAACCUUAACCAACCCAUGACUAGCCGGGUGGUCACCUUAUGGUAUAGACCACCCGAGCUUCUUCUCGGGGCCACAUCUUACAAUGUGGGUGUUGAUUUAUGGAGUGCUGGAUGCAUUUUAGCCGAGUUACUUUCAGGAAAACCGAUAUUACCUGGAAGAACAGAGGUUGAACAAUUGCACAAGAUAUUUAAAUUAUGUGGUUCGCCUUCUGAAGAAUAUUGGAGGAAGUCUAGAUUACCAAAUGCCACCCUUUUUAAGCCACAACAGCCCUAUAAACGAUGUUUAGCGAAAACUUUUGAAAACUUCACGCCUUCUUCGUUACUUCUAAUCGAAACACUUCUUUCCAUCGACCCUUCUGAUCGAGGAUCUGCUUCUUCAGCAUUGAAUUCUGAGUUCUUUACAACUGAACCGCAAGCUUGUGAGCCGUCAUCUUUACCAAAAUACCCUCCCAGUAAAGAAAUAGAUGCCAAAUUGCGAGAUGAAGAGGCUAGAAGGAAAAGGGAUAUAAGUGGGAAAUCACAUGUUGUUUCUGACGGUAUAAGAAGAUCAAAAACUCGAGAAAGGAGUAACCACCAUAGGGCAUUUCCAGCUCCAGACGACGAAGAAAACAUUGACUCGAGGAGAAGGAGAUCAUUAGAAGAUGGUAAGAGCAAGAGCGAAAAGUUUCCUCCUCCACACGAGGAUGCAGCAGUUAAUACUACUUCUUCUUCAUUUGGUUCCACCAUUUUUGGAUCCAAGUCGUUAAAAGUUGGCGAGAAAUCAACCACGCUUUCAACCGCACUUUCGGGAAGGAGAAAGAUGAAGAAAAGUAAGAGCUUUGUAUCUUCGUCGUCGGGAUGCUUUGUUCAUAGCUUCAUUCCAACUGCGGUGGGAAUACAAAUGGAUUGGAGGUUGAGAAGAAAACGUAGUAGAAGAUGAUUGGCAUAAUUUAGAAGGGAAAUGUAUAAAUAUCAUUGGUUUGGUAAUUUUUUUCUUAUUCCUAUUAUGUUAACUACAUUAUUUUUUUGUGUUGAAAUAUUCUUAUUUUGGGGUUGUCAUAUGUUAUUUGAUGUGUAAAACAAAUGUGAUUAAGAGUGUUGAGUUAUUG